AUGUUAAAUUAUAAACUAAUGUAAAACUGACAUUUGUUUACAAUAGCUAGUGGAACUCUAGUCUUGUCAGACGAUUGUAUUAACUCACGUGUCUCAUCCGCGUUUCUUAUGCACAUAUAAUUACUGCUAAGCAUUUUUUUUGUUAUGACGUCAUUGUACGCUAUUGUGGUAAAAUUAUAAGAAAAACUUAUUAUAAUACAUAAAAAAAAAACUCGAUGCUCAAAUCAUUUACUAUUAUCGCGGUAGCAGCUGUAGGCAUCGGAGUCGGAACGAAUUACUACCUCCAAAGGGUUCCUGACAUGCCGAAACUUGAUUUAAAUCGAUGGUGGGGAGACGGCGACAAACCAAAUCAAGAAGACGAAACAAUACGACCAUUUAAAAUUAUAUUUAAUGAAACGAUGAUCGAUGAUUUAAAAAUGAGAUUACGAAACCGGCGACCUUACACUCGGCCUUUGGAGGGCAUGCAAUCUGAAUAUGGAAUGAACACGAUAUAUUUGGAAAAACUCUUGAAGUAUUGGCAGGAUGAGUACAGAUUCAAAGAGAGGGCUGAUCUCCUGAAUAGAUAUCCUCAUUACAAGACGAGGGUGCAAGGUCUCGACAUACAUUACAUAAGAGUGAAACCCGAAGCGAAAGGCAAGCAGGUCCUUCCAAUGUUGCUCAUGCACGGCUGGCCGAGUUCGUCUAAGGAGUUCGACAAAAUUAUUCCGAUGCUCACGACGCCUAGAAACGAAUAUGACUUUGUUUUUGAAGUGAUUGCCGUCGAUCUACCUGGUUUCGGAUUUUCUGAGGGUACAAAUAAACCAGGUCUGAACCCUGUCCAAAUCGGUAUAAUUAUGAGAAAUCUAAUGAAAAGACUCGGCUUUAAUAAAUUCUACAUCCAAGCCGGCGAUUGGGGUUCGCAAGCGGCAACACAUAUGUGUACGGUGUUUCCUGAUGAAAUACUCGGAUUCCACACAAACAUGCCGUUAUCGUCUAGACCAAUAAGUAAUGUGAAAUACAUCGUCGGGUCAUUGUUCUCUAGUUUGAUUGUUGAAAGCAAACACAGACACAGAAUGUAUCCUCUUAAAGAUUUGUUGACAUACCUAGUCAGAGAAAGCGGCUAUUUCCAUUUACAGGCAACGAAACCUGAUACAAUAGGCGCGGCAAUAGCAGACACACCAGCUGGGAUGGCAGCGUAUAUUUUCGAGAAGAUCGGUAUUUGCACAAAUCGAAAACAAUUACAUACACAACACGGCGGAUUAGAGAACAUAGACUUAGACGAUUUGUUAGACACGGCCACAAUAUUGUGGGCGAAUGAGCGCAUUACCACUUCUGUGAGAUUAUAUGCCGAGGCGUUUGCGUGGUCCGAAGUGUUCAUCGUCCAGGACAUCCCAACAAAAGUGCCGACGGCUGCAAUAAAUUUCCUACACGAAGUCGUUUAUCAACCAGAUUGGAUACUAAGGGAUAAAUUUAUCAAUUUAGUACAUUCCACUACUUUAGAUUUUGGCGGACACUUCGCAGCAAUGCAGACACCCAAAGAACUUGUUGACGAUAUCUUCUUGUCAACUGUUGAAUUCCUCAAAUUCCACGCGCGAAACAAAUAAUUCGUACACUAAAAUGUUUCGAAUACAGUCUGAUAUCUAUAAGCUGUAAUUUGAAUUGAAUAUUUAAUUUGCUCAAUAUCUUAAAUAAUAAAAAAUCGUUUAAUUUUAUUAUUAUUGUAUAAUACCACCGAAAAUAGUUCAAAUUCGGAGUAUAGAUGUUAGCCUAAGUCAGGUUUUUAGCUCUAAGUUCGGUUUAAUAGGUUAGAAGUUAAUAAAUUCGGAGCGUGGAAGACAGUAUUGAUAAUUGUAUAUUAAUGACUGCGAAACGAUUUUGUGGACUGAUCUCUAUGUAUAAUCUUGUCUUUGGAUAAUAUGUUUACGUUUUUAAUGUAAAUUAAUUAGGUGUAAGGGAAAACGGCCUUGAUUUUAAACACAAUGUAACUACAUGUUUCAGCUAAAUAUUUAUGAACAAGAACCAAGUACGAAUUAUAAUUACCUUCAGUUUUAACUGUUUCUUGUUUACGAAUAUUUUGCGGACGUGAAUCUACACUAAGAACAAAGUAAUAAAUGUAAUCAAACUUUGUGUAAAUCAAGUCAUUGUAAACAAAUUAUUGACGUAACAACCUUUUUUUUUUUAAUUUCAUUCAAUUGAUACAAUGUCAAAGGAAAAAAUCGAAAGGCUUUAUAUUAUUAUCAUAGUUUAAUUUAUGCAAAAUUAAAGCAUGUAUUAAACUACAUGGCUGCUUUAAGGACUAGAUAAUAAUUGUAAUUAAGGUAUUUACCCCUUUUCGGUUUUGUCCUAAUCUGACUUAUAUAAUAUGGAUAUGAACAAAUUUUUAGCUAUAAAGUGUAAAACGAAAUAGUAAUUCCAUAUCCAUUUAAUAAGUGUAUGUGUAUCACAAGUAUUACAUUGUUAUCAAUGUGAAAAUAAAAAACAUUAAAAUGAUGCCAAAUUAA